UUCGAAGCAUUUCAGUGACCCGGUGGUAAAUCAAGAGUAUAAUAUACUGAGUUCCUAUAUUCACUGAGCCAAGUAAAGUGAAUAUACAAUUCUCUGUUCAGACGUGUCAUUGUAGUUGAGCUUUUAGUACGGCCCUAGUCAAAGUUUGUCGGCCUAUAGUAGCUUUGUAUACUUUGUUGUUAUGCGUCCCGACAUAAAUAAGAUGACCGAUAUAUCAAAGAAUUCAGAGAGUAAAGUGAAGAUAUGGAUGAAGAAAAACACAUAUCUUGAAAAAAAACAUCCGAUGCAUAUUCUAAACCCGUCGAAUAUAGCAGGCGAGGUUCUUCUUUGUCUACGUUACGUCCCGCCUCAAGAAAAACUAACGGUGUACAUUAUCGAGGCAAGCAACCUUCCAUGUGACAACACCCAACCUAUAAAAUACUACAUAGACGUCAAACUGUUCGAUGGUGACGAGUUUUUCGAAAAGGGAAAGACUUCCGUGAAAAAGGGCACGUCUUCGCCUUUCAUUGGUGAAACUAUGAUUUUUAACGUUCCUCUAAACAAGACAAAGAAUUUAAAUAUUGUCGUAGCUGUCAGAAAAUGGUAUCGAUUCAAUCGCAGUAAAAAACUAAUGGGAACCACUUUACUAAGCAACCAAUCAGAUUGCCCGUAUAAGAACACAUCAUUGAGCUACAUUUUCAACAAGCCGGGAAGCAAACUUCAAGAUUGGUGCACAUUUCAUAAACCAAAAGAAGAUACAGAUAUAUACUCCGACAUAGAGUAACAUGAUUGGUCCGCGAAUGACACUUUCAGCCAAUCAAACGCAGAUCAGUUACGGUACUUUAUCUGGCUGUUUUCAUCAAGGAAAGAGAGGUCAGCAGAUAUUCAUGUUUAGCAGUAUUGAAAAGUGUGAGAACUAAGCAUGACGUCAGUUCAUUCCUCUGAAAAGCCUACUUAAGACUUCAAAUUCCCGGCCUACUUUGUAUAUUAUAAUUAUUUGUAUUAUUUUCACAUCAUAGCGA